GGAACAGAACAACUUGAAGAAUACACAAUUCAGGAAAUUCCUAGAUUGAUAGAAAAAUCCUGUGUUUUKCUKGGCACUUCCUCAAAYAUCUCGGAUGCUAUUCCGAUAAUGAMAAAUCUUUCCAAAGUUUUCUCCAACGACUCRGCCGUAAAAAUUGGAGUUUUGAGACCAGAACAGGCAUACUUUAGCAAAGAAGAAGAURUUUUAUCAAAYACUAUUGGGGUAACUUCAAAACAUGUAAAUAAUUUGCUGUUUUAUCCAAAGAAAAUUKUCGAUCGAAAAUGUCUUCUGAAGCCGCUAAGAGAGAGGCUAAAAGUCGAACAGUAUAAAGGUGCUUUGGAUGUAUAUUCAGUUCUUCAAUUUCUUAACCAACGUUGCGAGACAUUUAGAGAUAUUCAGGGGUCUUUAACGCAUGCUGGGCGAAUGAGGGAGUAUAUUUUAAAGAAUUUAUAUAGCGUCGAUAGCGUCAGUACAGAAAGUGAGAAGGAAAAUUGGAAUGGUGGACCCCUGAACAUUGGAGCUGAUUGUGAGAGGAUUACCAUGCCAAGCAAAGAUGAGUUUAUUUAUAAAUAUCUUUAUCGUUCAAAACCAGUUAUAAUAACAGAUGCAAUGAAAAAUUGGCCUGCCUUAUCAAAAUGGACCAAUGAAUUUCUCAUCACCAAAUUUGGUCAAAAURAAGUUCGUGUUGCCUUUGCACCAAACUCAGAAUACGAAGGUUGUGAAAAAGCGUCCAAUUUUGAGGACUAUAAACAUUUCAAACUCCCAAAAGAAGUAAAAGAAAAUCUACCGUUUCCUGACCUUGUAGUGGUGCGACCAGCCUUCCUGGAAAUGAAGUUUGCAGAAUUUAUGAAUUUACUGAAUAAAACCCUGGAGACAAAUGAGACAGGCGAGAAUGYRUCUGUGUAUUUAGAGUAUUCAUCGAUUCCAACACAUCUACCAGAGCUAGAGCACGASAUUAAAGAAAUGCCGUUUAUAUCUGGAAUAUUGAAGCGCCGGCAUUUGAACAUUUGGUUGAGCAAUGGAAACACGUUGGGGAAACUACAUUUUGAUCCAUUUGAUAAUUUUCUUUGUCAGGUGAGUGGUAAAAAGCAAUUGAUUCUAUAUGAACCUCAUGACAAUACAAACCUUUAUGAGGCACACAUUCAAGAGGCUGUACUGGGCUAUGAACCAAAGAGUAUGAAGUUUAGACGAAAGAARCUAAUGGACAGCACKUCAAUGGUCAUGUCACCAGUCAAUAUUCUAAAACCAGACUACAACAGGUUUCCAAAGUUUAGAAAUGUGAAGGCCAUGAAUUGCACCAUAGAUGAAGGAGAUGUUCUCUACAUGCCGUCCUUUUGGUGGCAUGAGGUUCAAUCAUUUCCCAGYAAGRACAAGCCAAGAAAUGUUGCUGUUAAUUUCUGGUAUGAGCCAUUCUUGACAAAGGAAUWCCCUUGUGAUUCCUGUAAGAUGGAUGUCAACCCCUUCUAUAGUUAUUUACUCGAGUAACAUCACAGCCGACAAAUAGACAAGUCAGUAAAUAGUAAUAUAUACUUAGUAACAACCAUUUUGAAUAAAUGUUUUUAAUCUUUUAUUGCCAGUGACGGAGUAUUUUAGUUCAUUUGUUUGGUUGAGUAAUUUUAAUGUAAUAUUCCUAAUAUUCUAUGAAUGUUUUAUUGGCACUCCUCGUCACUACAGCAGUGCUUAUUACUUAACCAUGUCUACAUACUGCAAGUGCUAUAAAUUGAAUUUUUAUGAUAUAAAACUCKGAGUCACAUCAAAUUGCAUUUGGYAWGUCUGUAAAAUMAGCACWUUGAGUGGGAAAAMCUCUCUUGCUUUGAUGCUCAAUUAAAAAAAAAAUCUAAAUAUGCUGUACAAAAAAUAAUAAAAUAUUUACAAUAUUAAAACAGCUAAUGAAAUAGUAAUUA